AGCAAUGAGGAAGAUCCGCCUAUUACCAUCAUCCAGAAAAAGGAAAUUCCCAGUCGACAGUGCACCAUCACCAGAGCUCACGCAAGCCAGGACUAUCUUCUCGGUAUCACCAAGAGCUUUACUUUCUAGCGCGAAUGGGUACCAAGAAAUCAUGAAGAGGGUGAUAUGGAAGUACCACAUGGCUCCAUGGGAACCGAGAAUAAUGGGAAAAUAGGAGAUGCCGAGUCGGAAGCAUUAGAACGCGUUGAGCUUGCUUUAUCCAACCUCCGGGAUGAUGUAUCAAAUAUAAUAAUACAGUAUACGCAGGGCCGGGAUUCAUUGGAGUUUAGCAGCCAGAUUUUCCACUGUUAUCCAACAAACGAUCAUAAAGGAUUCGAAUUACGACAGGCUUCUAAUGAUGUAAUGCAAAAGGUGUAUACUUUAUCGGACGAGAGUACCCGUGCCAAGGUGUUGAGAAUGCUCGUCGAUGGUAAUCCACUAGGCAAAGGAGUAAUGUUCCAAAACUAUGUGCAGCGUAUACUGCGGCUGGGCGGUCGUAGCUUUAAGGCCAAGAGCAUUGAUGAUGGCACUGAGAUAACUAUUGAAGUCGGAGAAGGCCCGAAAACCAAAUUCUUUCAUACUUAGGAUGAAUAUGUGAAGGACGAUAUGGAAGGAUCAUUGUGGCUGCCAAAGAUCCCGCAAGACAUGGUCGAGGAGUU